AUGAUAAAUGGGCAAUAUAAAAGGGGUGUAUCUCAAUCGCUAUUGAAAUGUCUGAAUGACCAACAAAUGAUGUAUGUGUUGCUGGAAGUUCAUAAAGGUUGCUGUGGACAUCACUUAGUGGAGAAAUUGUUGGCACAAAAAGUCGUCAGAGCCGGAUACUAUUGGCCGACGCUCAUCAAAGAUGCUAUGGAAUAUGUGAAAAAAUGUGAUAAAUAUCAGCAACACAGCAACCUCCACCAAGCGCCUCCCCAUGAGUUCGUGUCCAUUAUUCCGACGCAGCCAUUUGCUAAAUGGGGGUUGGAUUUAUUGGGACCUUUCCCACAAGGGUUCGUCCAGGUGAACGGGCAAGCUGAAACUGCAAACAAGGUAAUUUUGAAUUGGCUAAAGAAGAGAUUGGAUGAACAUCUUGGUUCUUGGGCUGAUGAGGGAAGUCUACUUGCUUUGAAGAGUGGUAACCGAGCUAUUGAGAUCCUGGAUUUGAGUAGUGGCUUCAGCAAUCAUCUUGUCUUUGGCAAGGAAUUCCGAGCGGAUACUCCUGAUCUUCACCUCUGA